GGUCACCGGCCAGGAAAGGGCUUCCCGCCUUCCCUCGCUCUCUGAGCGAAGCAGCCGAGGAGCUUCAGCCACUCUGCUCUUAAAGGGUUAACAAAUGACAACGGAGCCGAAGGGAAGAGCGCAAAGGCGGGACUUCCCUUCCCUGCCCCGCCUCCGUGCGAGAAAUGCAGGCUGGAAGCGCGGAGCCCUCUUUGUGCGCAGCGAUGAUGGCGAGCGGGGUUGCAAGGGGGGAGCCUGGAGACAAAGGAUACAUCUGGGGGGUCAAAGCUGAGAGAGAACCAUCUGAAGUAUCACUGGAAAAAGCUGAGGAGCAGGUGCUGGAGCAGGAACUGAGGAGUCAAGAUGGAGCAAAGAGAGAAGAGGAGAGACAGAUUCACACAGGGUACAAACCUCAUACAUGCUUGGAGUGUGGAAAGAGCUUCAGUCAGAGUAUCGCCUUUACUCAAUAUCAAAGAAUUCACACAAUGGACAAACUUCAUACAUGCUUUGAGUGUGGAAGCAGCUUCAGGUGGAGUAGCACCCUUAUGGUGCAUCACAAAACUCAUGUAGGGGACAAACCAUAUCAAUGCUUGGAGUGUGGAAAGAGCUUCAGUUACAGUAGCACCCUUAUGGUGCAUCAAAGAACUCACACAGGGGACAAACCUUAUAAAUGUUGCGAGUGUGGAAAGAGCUUCAGUCAGAGUAGCACCCUUACUUUGCAUCAGAGAACUCACACAGGGGACAAACCUUAUAAAUGCUUUGAGUGUGGAAAGAGCUUCAGUCAGAGUGGCCACCUUACUUCGCAUCAGAGAACUCACACAGGAGACAAACCUUAUAAAUGCUUGGAGUGUGGAAAAAGCUUCAGUCGGAGUAGCCACCUUACUUCACAUCAAAGAACUCACACAGGGGACAAACCUUAUAAAUGCUUCGAGUGUGGAAAGAGCUUUAGUCAGAGUAGCAACCUUUCUUCUCAUCAAAGAACUCACACAGGGGACAAACCGUAUAAAUGCUUUGAGUGUGGAAAAAGCUACAGGUGGAGUAGUGACUUUUCUCAACAUCAAAGAACUCACACGGGGGACAAAUGUUAUCAAUGCUUGGAGUGUGGAAAGAGCUUCAGUUACAGUAGCAACCUUAUGGUGCACCAAAGAACUCACACAGGGAACAAACCUUAUAAAUGCUUAGAGUGUGGAAAGAGCUUCAGGCAGAGUAGCACGCUUACUUUGCAUCAAAGAACUCACACAGGAGACAAACCUUAUAAAUGCUUGGAGUGUGGAAAGAGCUUCAGUCGGAGUGGCCACCUUACUUUGCAUCAGAGAACUCACACAGGAGACAAACCUUAUAAAUGCUUGGAGUGUGGAAAGAGCUUCAGUCGGAGUGGCCACCUUACUGUGCAUCAAAGAACUCACACAGGGGACAAACCUUAUAAAUGCUUCGAGUGUGGAAAGAGCUUUAGUCAAAGUAUCAACCUUUCUUCGCAUCAAAGAACUCACACAGGAGACAAACCUUAUAAAUGCUUCGAGUGUGGAAAAAGCUACAGGUGGAGUAGUGACUUUUCUCAACAUCAAAGAACUCACACAGGGGACAAACCUUAUAAAUGCUUGGAGUGUGGAAAGAGCUUCAAUUGGAGUAGCCACCUUACUUCGCAUCAAAGAACUCACACAGGAGACAAACCUUAUAAAUGCUUGUAGUGUUGAAAGACCUUUCAUUAGAAUGGCUACCUUCAGGCACAUCAAAGAAUCUGUUUAAGGGAAGAGAAGUAUAAAUGCUUUGAAUGUGGAAAAAGCUAUAAGCAGAGUUCAACUCUUUCUGUGCAUCAAAGGAUCCAUACGGGGAAGCCAGAGUACCAACAGGAUUUUUAUGGGAGGUUCAGACCCCCGACAUUCUUCUUCUUUCAACUUAACCACAGACUGUUCCACUUCCCUUCACCUGCGAGGUUUUGGCUUUUCCAGAGAUGGGUGAGCAUCCAAAAGGGAUGCUGAGACCAAGGUGGCUGCAGCAGCCAAAAUGGCCUAUCCGUUGUCCACUUUUUCCCCAUCAUAUUCCCCCUUUCUGGCAGUUUCUAGCUGCCAAAUUCAAUAUUCAAUUAAUGACAUUUCAUGUAUUUCUUUAUCUACUUCCUCUAGAUCCUCCCCCUCUGUCAUUGUUACCUCCAUGUGCAUCAUUUGAACAUCAGUUUUUGUGAUGGACUUAGUUGUCUUUGUCACACAGUGUCUAAUGCAACAUAAAUAUGAGCACGAACAAGCAUAAUCCCAUUCAAACAUAUUUUAGCAGAUUUUUUACUAGGCCUCCUAGCCAUCCCCCUGGAUUCGGUAGCCAUCCCCACCCAUCAAAAUCGCUACUCUGGACAUCAUAAUCUACUUCUGCUAUUUUCUCAGCAUGAUCUAUUAUGGAGUUGGCAUAGGAUUCAAUCUCUCCAGCUGAACUGUUUAUGUAGGAACAUUCGCUCCCAAUGAUGGCGCAAGUCCCUCCAUCCAUAGCGAGCAAAUUGUCCAGCGCCAUCCACCUUUGAUAAUAGCUGACCUCCAAUUGGGACACUUAUGGGCCAAAGCUUCCCAGUUCUCGAUGCUCAUGUUACAUUUUUCUAGAUUAGCUUUAAGAGCAUUUUUAAACCUUUACUACUACUACGGAUGCAAGAGAGCUUCGGCUAUGGGGCGGUAUAUAAAUUGAAUUAAUAAAUAAAAUAAAUAAAAUAAGGUGCAUCAGCCUGAACCUGGUGCAAAAUAAUAGCUAGGGGACCAUCAUAAGAAGAGUCCUGCAGUGGCUGGAUCAGACCAAAGGAGGCCCAUCUAGGUCCAGCAUUCGGUUCUGACAGUGGCCAGCCAGAUGCCCCAAUGGAAAGCCCACAAAAGGGCCUGAGGGCAACUGCAGCACUCUCUGCCCACUUGUGAUUCCCAGCAACUGAUAGUAUUCAGAAUGGAGGAAUAGGUGGCCUCUGAGCACACACUCAACUCAGAAAUUUGUUUUUAAGCACCAGGAUUUGGGCUUUAAUUCCACUCCUGGUUCUCCCCUCAAGCUUUUCUUAACCACAGCAGCCUAAUUUUGGUGAGGCUGGAGUAGGAGGCUUUUACCCCAUAGGCAUCUGGUUGGUCACUGUGAGGACACGAUGCUGGACUAGAUAGGCCCCCUGUGGCCUGAUCCAGCAGUUGGGCUCUUCUUAAGUCCUUACACUAAUUUUAUUUAUUUAUUAUUUGAUUUAUAUCCUGCCCUUCCAGCAGGAGCCCAGGGCGGCAAACAAAAGCACUAAAAACACUUCAACAAUCAUAAAAAAGACUUUAAAAUAUAUUAAAACAAAACAUCUUUAAAAACAUUUUUAAAAGUUUUAAAAAUAUAUUAAAAAGCAGCUCCAACACAGACGUCCUGAGCAGGAACACUAGAGGCAGACAUCAGAAUAACAGGGUCGCACUCCCAGUCACCUUCUCCUGAUAGAGGCGAUCCAUCAGAGUGACCAAGGCUGAUUCAAGACCCUGAUGCUCCUCACAGUUCCACAGGGUGACAAGGGCUUCAACAGGGUCACCUGCUCUAUCUACUGGGAACUCCCCCAGAGCAUGUCCAGGGAUGAACCAUCUUGAUCUGUCCACCAACCCUGCAGGGGAGGAUUAGAGCCAUAAAUCUAAACUUCAACAGGAAGUGGUCUGACCAUGACAAUGGAGUGACAUCUCCCCCCCAUCUUUAGACCACCAAGUUGAGGGUGUGCCCUGCCCUAUGUAUCAGUGACAACUUGAGACAGCCCCAUGGUCGCCAUGGAGGCCAUGAAGUCCUGAGCAGGAGCACUAGAGGCAUCCUCAGCAUGGACACUGAAACCACCCAGGACUAUCUUUCUGGGCUCCUCCAACACCACAGCCAAGACAGCCUCUGCCAGGUCAGUCAGAGAAGCUGCUGGGCAGCAGGGUAGACAGUAUACCAGCAGCAACCCUAGUUUCCUGUCUCCUUGGCCUGACACCAGGUGCAGGCCCUCAGAGCCAGCUCUAAGACAAAGUAGUUUCCUGGUGACAGAGCUGGAAGUUCUGCAACUCCCCCCCCCCAUCCCUGCAGCCUGUGCUGGUGUUGCAGCAAGUAUCCAGGUGGGCAAAGCUGGGUCAGAUCAACUCCCAGCUCACCCAGCCAGGUCUCAGUAAUGCACACCAAAUCGGCACCUUCAUCCACAAUCAAAUCAUGGAUGAGAGUGGUCUGGUUGUUUUCCGAUCUGGCAUUAAACAACAACACACACAGGCCAGUGAGCACAGCAGAUUUAUUUAUUUAAUUUGUUCAGAUGCACAACGAGGGACCCAUCCAUGAGAGGAGUGGGAGGGAGGAACAAGGCGUAGAUAGCCUUGCCCUCUUCUAUGGUAAUUCACCACCUACCCAUAGCUAUACUUCUCUCUACUCGUGAUCACUGAAAUUGGGGUGGCAUCACCCAUGUUCCUCCUUACCAACACAGCAAUGGCCCACCACCGAAGCCUACCUGAGCCAGUUAUCCCAGUACACAUCUGAGAGAAUUGGGAACAACCAGACCCGCUCAAUAUAUUUCACACAGGCCACAUCAUCUCUCCUCACCCCUAUUCUCACACCUGGGAAGGACCAGCCUUCUGCCCAUUGCAGACUCUCACUCUGAAGUCAUCUGGCAACUUUCCCCCUUCACAUGGUUCACUGCACAGGCACAGCAACUCCUAUUUCUGAAGAGCUGAGGAUCAGGCGCCCUUAGUGAUCUACUGAAAAUCACCCAGAGUUCCACCAGUAGAACCUUGUCUAUCUUCUGCCCACUACAGUAGUACUCAAGAUGAAGCCGCUUUUUGUUCUAAUCAUUUGAAGGAGUUUGCCAGAAAAUAAUAAAUAAUGUAUAUUUGAUUUUCUAUCCGUAGCCUUUCUGGUGGGCUGCUAUCUAUCUAUAUCUACAGGUGACAGACAGACACAGACACACACACAUAUGAAAAUAAAAUUUGCUACAUCAAAAUUUUUUUGAUAUAACAUUGAUUAUAUUGCCAUUGUGUAUAGCAGCUUGAAAAUGGAAGUGGACUGCCUUCAAGGUGAUCCCGACUUAUGGCGACCCUACGAAGAGGGUUUUCAUGGUAAGCGGUAUUCCGAGGUGGUUUACCAUUGCCUUCCUCUGAGGCUGAGGCAGUGACUGGCCCAAGGUCACCCAGUGAGCUUCAUGGUGCUGUGGGGAUUCGAACCCUGGUCUCCCAGGUAGUAGUCCAACACCUUUACCACUACACCUAGUACAUGUAAAAAUAGAUCUAUAACCCAAAAAUAUUGGAUAUCUCAAAGGAAGGUAGGGGGGAAUCAAUGUGCGCUGUAUCUUGCAAACCAAACACAUUUCAAAUAAACUCAUCUGGGAUCUACAAAACAUUCCUCAAAGCCCUACAAUGCAACUCUCUCCAAGCUGGUGCCCUCCAGAUGUUGCCUGACCACACCUCCCAUCAUUCCUGACUCUUGGUCAUGUGUGUUGGCUGGGGCUGAUGGGAACUGGAAUACAACAAAUGCUGAAUGCACCAGGUUGACGAAGGUGGAUUCAGAUGGUUCCUUAAUGUUUGUCAUUUUGAUAUAGCAAUAAAUGUGACGUCUUUAUUUCCAGCAAGGGUAGAAGUAAGCCAAAUGAAGUUUCCUCUUGGAAAAUUUGAUGUGAAGUUCUCCCCAACAUGCUUGGAGGGAAGGGCUGGUGGUCUUGAGGCCAAAGGCUCAUCCCUCACCUUGCUUGAAAAGAAGGUUCAGGUACUCAGUGUGCAUAGGUUGCCCAAGCUGAAGAGCUGGACCAGAGUUAGCAGCUUUAGAAGGCCAGAUGGAGACGUUGGAAGUCCUAACAGUCGGUAUGCCACCUGUCAAAUUGUAUUCUGAAAGACAGCAGAAUGUCCCAAACAAAGCUGUGUGUUGUGUCAAAAGAGCACUUUAAAUUCCUUCUCUGGGUCAGCUUUUAUAUAAAGUAAAAAGGUGAUCACCACUUUUAUGAUUUUUGUUUCAUUUUGUAAGCAUUGUCAUUACAACUGUGGCUCAGCUACAAACAUCUUGGCUCUUCUCAGUUUAGUUCUUCCUUGUAACAGCCUCAUAACGGAGGUUACUGAAAUGAAAAACGAGCAUUUUAUAGCUGAAUAGCUUAGGAUGAGAGUUGAUUCAACACUACAUAGUUAUGGGACAAUGAUCCAUAGGCUGAACCUAUAUGGCCAAGGAGUCACAUGAUGAAUAUUUCUUUUAUACCCUUGUAAAACUUCAAAUGAUUUAAAGACGGAGAAAAACUUGGACAAAUGCCUCUAAUAAUAUUUUUAUAUUUAAUUAAAAUACUUGGAACAGCCAAUAGGUUUUUAUUUGGUGCUGAGAUUCAAAACAAGCGGUUUUACACAACCAAGAGUCUUGUGGCACCUUAAAGACUUAAAAUUAAUGAUGGCAUCAAACAAAACCUUUUAAAAUAACCUUAUUCUAUCAAAUCCAUACAGCAUGUUUUUCUAUUGUUAUAGACGGAACGUUGCUUUGUACAAUGUUUUGAAAUUAUUUUUAUUGCAUUGUGGUUUUUUUAUUCUUUGACAAUUAAGUGAUUAGGAAAUUUUCUAAAUAACAUAAACAAGUAUUGCUGGAAACCGCCCUGAGAUCAUGCUGAAAUGAUGAAGGGUGGCUUUACAAUUUAGAAAUAAAUAAAAUACUUCAUUGCUAUGCUUGACUCUGGAUGAAGGAUGAUGGGGAAAGAGGAAGGGGGCAGAGCACCUGCUUUGAAUGCAGAAGGUCCCAGGUUCAGUUCCCCAAGGACAUUUCCAGGUAGGACUGUUCACACGCCUUGUCUGAAACCCCAGACAGUUGCCGUCUGUCAGUGUAGACAGUACCAAGCUAGAUGGACCAAUAGUCUGACCUGAUGUAAUUAACAAAGCUUCCUAUAAUGAUGAUCCCAGAGCCAGGAUAAUGAAUUGCAAAAGGUCAUACCUGCCAUGGCUGUAGCCUUUGAAGUUCUAGCCUGUCUCCUCCACCCACCAUCAACACCCGCUUUGAUCUGGAUGAAUAUGCUGCAUUUAAGGCCUGUGCCACAGUCAGGACACUGAAGUAAUUAAUGUAGCUGUCUUGGGACUGGAUUCUUUCAGUCUCCACCUGAGGCAGAGUCUUCAAUUUCUCCUUCUCUAUGCAUCUUGUCCAAUCUCUCACAGACAAGACAUGCUUUGAAUAUGAACAAUCAAACACUUUCUCCCAAUAUUGUUCAAUAGCAGAGGACACUGGUUUAUAGUUGUCAUAUUUUGUCCUCUUUUUGGUCUUCAUUACAAAGGACAAAGAACCAUGGGCAUACCGAAAUAGUUCAUCAUAGAACAAGAUAAUAUUUGGAAGAGCUGUGGUAAUCCAGACUUUCCCCUCAGUUUGUAUCUUUUCAAGCAGAGUUUGUACUAAAUAGAUUGGACCGAGUGCAUACUGAGUGUUUGCAUAGUAAACAAAUGCAUUGACUUGUCUCCACGUGACGUGGUUCUGUAGGUAACCACAAACGCACUUCUCGUACUACUUUUACUGAGAAAGCAACACAAAUUUCUCUCCUGAUCAUCAGAGGCACCAAGAUGCUUAUGAACUUUUCUCCAUUGUCAUUGUCUGGAGCAAAGGUGCCAACCCACGUCCAUCCAAAAUGCAGGAGGAGUUGGACGAUCCCCAGGUAUUGAAUUUCCUCCUUUGGAGCCAUCCAGUAGACAAAAGGGAGCUGGGAUUUAUCCUUAAGAACAAAGCCAUAACUGAGCUUGUAAAGAAGGGAAAAGAGACUGAGUUUUGCUUUCAGGACAAAGAUUUUUAUGUAAAUGAUGUUUACAAAUUUAUUAGUGCCAACCUCAAAGAUUUUUUAAAAUAAAAUAAUAUACAGUAAAAAUUGUAUUAUAUCCCAGAUAAUCUAGCUAAAACAUUUCCAACGUUAUCCAACAUUUGUUGCAGAUGUAGAAACGGGAUGACUCUAUUGUACUUUUGGUAUCUGCUGGAGAUCUUCCUCUUUCAACAAGCCCAACAAGCCUUUUAUAUUAAGAUCUUUAUACCAGUUUGUAUCUGUAUUGGCAUUGCUUUUUAAUUUUAACAUAUUCAUCUGUACUAUAUUAAUACAAGAUUGUCAUCACACUGUAGUUCACAUGGCUGCCACCAGAUGGUACUAAAUCUUUGGGUUGUACACUUUCUGUUAUUUCUUUUCCUUCUACAUUAAAUUCCACUAAAACAAAUCUUUAAAAUCA